UCGCUCUUCAUUCCUCAACUCUCAACUCUCAACUCUCAACUCAAGUUUCAACUCUCAACAAAGAAAACAAAUCAAAUUAAAUCAGAUCACACCUCAGAUUCAGAUCCAUGGAUAACGAGAUCGACGUUCCUCCGUUCUUUCUCUGCCCAAUCUCGCUUGAAAUCAUGAAGGAUCCAGUAACCGUCUCCACCGGCAUCACCUACGACAGAGAGAGCAUCGAGACAUGGCUCUUCUCCGCCAAGAACAACACCUGCCCCGUAACCAAGCAACAACUCUCUUCUUCUGAUUUCUCCGAUCUAACUCCAAACCACACUCUUCGCCGAUUGAUUCAGUCAUGGUGUACCAUCAACGCUUCCCACGGCAUCCAAAGGAUUCCCACACCUAAACCACCGGUCAACAGAAACCAGAUCUCAAAGCUCCUCAAAGAUGCUUCCCGUUCCACCACCGUCAACCAGAUCAAGUGUCUCAGAAAGCUCAAAUCCAUUGCUUCUGGAAGCGAAACAAACAAAAGGUGCAUGGAAGCUGCUGGUGCCGUUGACUUCUUGGCUUCCGUUGUCAACAACAACAUCGAUUGUUCUUCUUCUGAUCAUCACGACGACGACGAUGAUGAUGAAGCUUUGAAGAAUAGUCCCUCCGAUGAAGCACUAAGCAUGCUCUACAAUCUUCAUGUAUCCGAAGCUGGAUUGAAGAAUCUCAUAGGAUUCAAGAACGGAGAGUUUGUGAAUUCUCUAACGAGGAUUUUGCAGAAAGGAACAUACGAUUCAAGAGCUUACGCAGUUUUCUUGCUGAAAUCAAUGUGUGAGGUGGCUGAACCGGUUCACCUUCUUCACUUAAGAACCGAGUUAUUCGUGGAGCUAGUUCAGGUUUUGAAGGACCAGAUUUCUCACAAGGCAACAAAAGCCGCCCUCCACGCUCUGAUCCAGAUCUCUUCGUGGGGGAGAAACAGCCAUGGAGCGGGAUUGGCCAUUGUUUCCAAGAAGAUUCUUAGGGUUUCGACGAUGGCGAACGAUAGGGCGGUGAGGAUUCUUUUGUCCGUGGCGAAAUUCUCCGCGACGCCGGUGGUUGUUCAAGAGAUGCUGAAGCUUGGUGUGGUGGCGAAGCUGUGCUUGAGUCUUCAGGUGGAUAGUGGAAGCAAGACGAAGGAGAAGGCGAGGGAGAUUCUCAAGAUUCAUGCUAAGGCAUGGAAGAAUUCUCCAUGCAUACCUACCAAUUUGGCUUCUGCAUACCCGGCUUUUGCUUAAUUAUUUCAAAAAUUGUUACCUUGUAUAGAAAUUCUUUGGAAAGGAGUAGAAUAAUUAUUUAGGACAAACACAAAAUUGGAAAUUAAAUACAUACGCCCGGGCAUCCAAUUUAAUUGCCCAUGCAUGUAUAAGCUAAGAGAUCUAUCUAGAGAUUAUUCACAAAUUUAAAUGGUUAAUUAUACUCAUUUUUUUCAUCAUUUA